AUGACUAAGGCCAUUACAAAGUACUCAAAUAUUUCUGAAAUAUUUUAUAUUAGCUGCUCAUACACAUCAGUUAUAAAUAACAUUAAGAAUAUAGCAAAGCUAUACACUCUUAAAAACGUAUACUGUUUUGAUAUGUUCCCAUACACAGCAGGGAUUGAGUGCCUCUUCCACUUUGUGAGAAAAGAGAAUCCAGAGGCCCAAUCGGAGGUGGUUACAGAAAAAGUUCAGGAGAAUGCUGCACAAGAAGCAGAAUCUGAAAAAGUCCAAGAGCCCUCUCAAGAGGAUGCAGUGCCAGAAAAAGUUCAAGAGUCUGCAUCAGAAACAGAGUAUGCAAAGCAACAAGAGGUUGCUCCAGAAACUGCAUCUGAUAACACUCCUUUAUAA